AUGGGUAAUCGUGAAUCAUCAACAAAAGAAGAAGACGGUAAACCAAAAGAAAAUGAUCAACCACGUCUGUAUCGACACGUUGACAUUCACGGUGGCGGUGAUUUGAUAUCAUUUAUGUGGUCAGCAAAGAAUAGCAAUGAUUUUUCACAAAUUAAUGAAUUAAUUGAUUCAAAGAUUAAAAAUUUUAUGUAUAAUUCGGGUAAAGGUAAAAUGGUGGCUGUUUCUGAAUUGGUGAAAAUACGUAAUAAAGAGCGUAAUGCAAUGCUAAGCGCAUUAAAACGUAAAAAAGGAAAAGGUAAAAGUGGACCAAAUAUUUUAGAUGAUUUUAAUCAAGAAGGUGAAAAUCAAGGAGAUUUAAAAAAGGCAUUAAAACUUCUGGAAGGUGGUGGACGACGUGGUGACAUGGAUUCAAAAUAUCGUGAAGUAGUUUGGAAAUUAGAUGAACGUGGUAAUAUGGGUGAGAAUCUUGUUGGUUUAUGUUUAUUGCAAGGAACUGCAAUACAUAAUCAUUUGGCUCGUCAUUUAAUUAAAUUAUAUCCAAAACUUGUCAAUGAUAUUUUCAUCAGUGAAAAUUAUUAUGGUUUAUCACCAUUACAUCAAGCAAUAAUAAACGAAGACCCAGCAAUGGUUAGUUUUUUGUUGCAACAAGGCGCAAAUAUCAAUCAGCGCUGCUACGGUGCAUCAUUCUGUCCGGAUGAUCAGAAAAGUAGCCGAACUGAUUCACUGGAACAUGAAUAUGUGGAACUUAGCCUGAAAACAUGCUAUUCCGGACGAAUGUAUUUUGGUGAAUAUCCAUUAUCAUUUGCUGCUUGCAUUAAUCAGGUGGAUUGUUUCCGAUUAUUAGUAGCAAAAAAGGCUGACCUGAAUCAAAAAGAUACAAACGGAAAUACGGUUUUACAUCUUGCUGUAAUUCAUGAACAACCAGAAAUGAUUAAAUUAUCAUAUGAUAUGGGUGCUAAAUUACAAAUAGUAAAUAAGCAAAAUCUAACACCGCUUACUUUGGCAGCACAUUUGGGAAAGAAAGAGAUAUUUGAAUUAAUUCUUAAAUUAGAAGCAGAUGUUGUCUGGAUAUACGGUAAUGCAAGCAGUUAUGCAUAUCCGUUAGCUCGUAUUGAUACAAUAAGUCAGGAAACUGGCGAAAUGAACGAAGAUAGCGCUUUAUCACUUACUGUUUACGGAGAAACAACAAAACAUUUAGAUCUUCUCGAUGGUUUAUUGGAGGAAUUAUUGGAAGCUAAAUGGGAAGCAUUUGGACGUCGAUAUUUGACAUUGUCAUUUUCGUGCUUUGUGGUUUAUUUCAUUUUUGUAUUUAUGGCUUUUAUGUGUCGACCAUUUUCGAUGACAACAAAGGUGUUAACACACGAUGACAUUCAUGGUUCCAAUACAUCAAUGCCAUGUAAUAAUACCUCAUUUGAUAAUUCUUGUCCUAAUACCACCUAUACCAUAUUUGAUUAUAUGAUGCUCAAAGCUACAACGCUGCAACCAUUUUCAUCGUACGCUGCAAACAAGCAAGUCACGUUUACGCUGCAAAAUAUUGAAGAAGUUUGGUAUCGUUCUGAUCUUUGUCAUCUAUGGCGAUAUACUGGUUUAGGAUGGCAACAAUAUGUUCGAUUAGUUGCUGAACAAAUGGUACUUUUAAUGGCAUUACUUCAAAUUGCAUGUGAUGCUAUGGAUAUAAAAAAUGUUGGACGAAAACGAUGGUGGCGUGUUAUGAAAUCAUUUCCAGCUAAAGUUGCUUAUAAAAUUUCAUUUAUUUUUAUUAUUUUAAUUGUACCAAUACGAUUAGCAUGUGCAUUAUGCUCAGCAAUGCUUCUACUUGAAAAUAUUCUUUCAUUAAUGAUUGUUUUAUUAACUGGCGCACAUUUCUUAUUUUAUACAAGAGCUUUAAAAUUUAUUGGACCAUUUGUUUUGAUGAUUUAUACUAUACUUUCACGUGAUAUAAGCCGUUUUAUGCUUAUUUAUUCGAUAUUUCUCAUUGGAUUCUCACAAUCAUUUUAUGUAAUUUUUGGAGCAUGCGAACGAGCAAGCAAAGCAAAAUACGGUAAACAAUCAACUCGUUGGGAAAAUAUUUUGGACACUCCGUUUGAGGCCAUCAUGCGAUUAUUUAUAAUGACCAUUGGUGAAUUUACUAUUUUUUAUCGAUCAUUAAAUACCUGUGAAGAAAGAAUGAUGCAAAUGAUUGGUAAGUUUUUGUUUACUAUAUUUGAAUUAUUUAUCAGUAUUAUGCAGUUUAAUUUAUUAAUUGCUAUGAUGACACGAACUUAUGAAACUAUUUCGAGGACAUCAACCGAAUGGAAAAGACAAUGGGCACAGGUAAUUCUAUUCUUGGAAUUAUCAUUAAAACCAAAAGAACGACUUAUUGCAAUGCUUAAAUAUUCACGUCCAAUUGGUACUGAUAAAACAAAACGUUCAUUUGUUGUUGCCAGAAAAAAUACGAGUGAAACAAUGUCACAAACUGAAAAACAAUUACUUGAACAACAGGAACGUGAUUUACGUGAGGAAAAACGAGCUUUACUAAAGAGACGUUUAAAGGAUUUUGCGCAUACACCAGAUGGUCGAAGACCAAUGACAUCAUAUUUGUCAACGCCAUCAAGAAAUAUCAAUGGGGAAAAAAAUGAAUGA